AUGUCUCAGUCGCCGGGUGCCGCCGUUCCUGACACGAUGAACUCUACCGCCCCCGUUGCCCCAGCUGUGCCGACAGCUGCGAUGCCGAUGCCAGGUGGUGCCCUGCAGACGGAGCUGCUUGAUGCUCUUGACGGACACGCUUCUCUCAUGGACAAGACGGCCAUACGAGCCGUAGUCGCUGGCACUGUGGCAUAUGACACGCUCAAGGGCGAGGCCACUUGGCUUGCCAUACCCACCGAGACGGAGGGCAAGAUUCCCGGAGUGUACGUGGUCGGCAUGAGCCGUCAAGGGCAGCAAGGACAGUUCUUGGACAUCGAUGAGACCGAGAAGCUGGUUGAUGGCCUGGAGAGGUACGCCAAGGGUGCGCGCAUCUGCAUCGAGCAUCGCAGAGUUACCGGCAGCACUUCCAUGACCGCUGAAGACGAAGUCUUGGUGGAAUGGGUCCGUACCGUCGAUUCCUUGGUCGGAUCAGUCGUCGCGCCCGACGCCUUGCCCACACCUCGAUUCAUCCAACGCGACAACGAGUUUCUCGGCAUGGAACGCGUCACUGAGAUGUUCAAGCGGCGAUGCAACAGGGCCCUUGAUCCCAGCGGCAAGGUCCGACAGAUCCAGAGCCCGCUUUACGUGGGUUGCUCGAAAGAUCUGCGAACUUGGACAGGUGCCUACGAGCGCUCGGCACGAAAGGACCUGGCAGAUGUCAACGAACCCUUGUGCCUGGUCGUCAGCAUUCUUGAGGCCCUGAACCUUCCCGUUGACUUGAGUGUGCAGGUCGCCAUACGAAUCUGGGAGGCGGACCAGUUGAAUCUUGCCGAGCAACUGAUUACAACCAUCGCAUUCUCCUUCGUACACCAGUCUGGCUUCAAUACUACCGAAUGUGGAGGCACCAGAUCAUUUACAGUGGACCCUACGUCGGCAGGUCUGAGGCAGAGCGCCGAGCUCCUCAUGGCGCAUUCAAACACCAUGGAGCAGAAUCUCCGAGCAACGCUGGCUAACAUUGCGCAACGACGCAAGUUCCUGGACGACGUCGACCGCAUCACUGAUAGGCUCAAGACCUUGAAUAAGGCAGUGAGGGAGGCAACCCCUAAAGAAGAAUUCUUUGGCGGGCGGACCUACGAGGAGGUCAAACAGAUCAUGGCCGAGAAGAAGCAGAAGCUCAGAGAUCGGAUUGACCAGGUGAGACGGGAGAACCAACAGAUGGAACUCCUCAACAACAUCCUUGCGAUCCGGGCCGGACGAAAGGUGCCAUUGGUGAACGGGCUGCUGGAGGAGGAAGGCGAAGGAGGAGAGGAAGUACCAGCUUACUUUGGAGACUAUGGUCAUGUAACUCCAAGGUCAGGCGUUGCGCGUGAGAGGCAUGAGAAUCGGAACAUCAUCGCCUUGAAGAUGUGCAUAAAGGACUAUGUAUCAAGCCCCCAUUGCUACAUGAGAAAGAUUGUGUCACUCUAA